AGACUUUACUGUAACCACGGAGACCGAGCCGUGCUCUGAUUGGUCGGCGCACUACGCGCUGGGUGGAGUCGGUGUACAUCGGAUAGGAACUCAUCGUACAAAUUUGAGAAUCAGUUUCCAGCACUCUUCACAGAAUACCACAGGAUGUCUACAGCAAAAUGUUCAGAGAUGGAUCUGGAGCUGGGAGACUUGCUGCGGGAGUUUAAUGAUGUUGUGAAGGAGCUGAGCACGCCUCACGCCUCUGAACACGUGCUGAGAGAUGUGAAGAGAAACACAGCGCUGACUGAUGGAGACGACUCAGACUACUGCAGCGAAGCUUCGCUGGUAAACAGCUUGAACGCCAGUCAAGAGGAGCUCAACAUCUCAAGCAUGACUACAGCCUCAAAAGCCAGGCUCGGGGAUACCAGUGACCUACAGAGCUUCAUUGAAAACCUGGACAGAGAGCUUGCAGAGAUGUGAGAUGACAGGACACACGUGAUCAGAGAGAGCGCGCCACGUGACGCUGAGCACCUGAAGAGCUGACAUUUAGCAAACCGUAAUCUCUUGCUUCCACACACACAAAUCACGCUGAAGAAAAACAGCUUGAAGACUUCAUUUUUUCCCCUUCACUAAGGAACAAGAGCUCACGGCGUCAAGAAGAACGACCAAGUUUCUCGGAAGAUGUUUUAUUUUCAUGAAUACUUAGCACAUUUAUAUGAAAAGCACAAUGACUUGUAAGUUAUUUACUGUUAAUACCUAUUUUUCAUUUUUUGAAAUAAAGAUGUGUAAUUAAUUUAA